CAAACCGUCCGAGAGCUCAACCCUGACAUUAAGAUCGUGCCGCGAAUUAUAUUUGAGGGCUGGACUCACGCACAGUACAUGUAUUUGGGAACUCAUCCCAAUUUAGUGCCCGCCAUUGGCCGACAACUUUGCGAGUUUGCAACAAAGUGGGAAUUUGAUGGCUUUGUCAUUGAGUUAUGGCACGCAUUUGCAGGACAGCAUCGGCCAGAUUUGGCGACUAUUUUCACUAAAUUUAACGCACACUUCAAGAAGAAUAAGAUGGAGUUAAUAAUAGCGGUUCCGCCACCGGUUUACUACGGUGGACGAAAGGGCACUUUCCAGAAGGACGACGCCGAACGACUGGCCCCUUAUGUCAAGGGUUUCAGUGUUAUGACAUAUGAUUACUCCAGUACUCAGAGGCCGGGCCCUAACAGUCCCUUCAAAUGGGUUCGCGAUUGUAUCAAAACCCUGACCCCUAAGCAGACGUCUCCUAUUCGGCGAAAACUAUGGGUUGGAUUCAAUUUCUAUGGCAAUGACUACUCGCCCACCGGUGGCGGUCCUAUCGUCGGCUCUCAAGAUUUGGCGACUAUUUUCACUAAAUUUAACGCACACUUCAAGAAGAAUAAGAUGGAGUUAAUAAUAGCGGUUCCGCCACCGGUUUACUACGGUGGACGAAAGGGCACUUUCCAGAAGGACGACGCCGAACGACUGGCCCCUUAUGUCAAGGGUUUCAGUGUUAUGACAUAUGAUUACUCCAGUACUCAGAGGCCGGGCCCUAACAGUCCCUUCAAAUGGGUUCGCGAUUGUAUCAAAACCCUGACCCCUAAGCAGACGUCUCCUAUUCGGCGAAAACUAUGGGUUGGAUUCAAUUUCUAUGGCAAUGACUACUCGCCCACCGGUGGCGGUCCUAUCGUCGGCUCUCAAUAUAUAGAGAUUUUGAAUAAAUACAGACCGAAACUCAUUUGGGAUGAGAUCUCAGCCGAACAUUACUUUGAAUACAAAUCUGGUACGGGAAGGAAUCGUGUCUUUUAUCCGACUCUGUAUUCCAUUCAAAAGCGCAUUCAAUUGGCUCAAGAACUGGGCACUGGUAUUGCCAUUUGGGAGAUCGGACAGGGAUUGGACUACUUCUAUGAUCUCCUCUAACAUUCCUACCAUUUAUUAGUCAUUUUGCGAACCA